AGAAACAUGGCGGCUCCGAGCUUCCCUACACCGCUGCAUGGGCACGUGGGCCGCGGCGCCUUCAUCAGUGUGUACGAGCCCGCGGAGGAUACGUUCCUGCUGCUGGACGCGCUCGAGGCAGCAGCAGCCGAGCUGACAGGAGUGGAAAUAUGCCUUGAAGUUGGAUCAGGGUCUGGAGUGGUAUCUGCAUUCCUAGCCUCUAUGAUAGGUCCUCAAGCUUUAUACAUGUGCACUGAUAUCAACCCUGAAGCAGCAGCUUGCACUCUGGAGACAGCACACUGUAACAAAGUCCACAUUCAGCCAGUAAUUACAGACUUGGUCAAAGGCUUAUUACCAAGAUUGAAGGAAAAAGUUGAUCUUCUGGUGUUUAAUCCCCCCUAUGUAGUGACUCCACCUGAAGAGGUAGGAAGUCAUGGAGUAGAAGCAGCUUGGGCUGGUGGCAGAAAUGGUCGGGAAGUCAUGGACCGAUUUUUCCCACUGGCUGCAGAUCUUCUGUCACCAAGAGGAUUUUUCUAUCUAGUUACCAUCAAAGAAAACAAUCCUGAAGAAAUUUUGGAAGCAAUGACAACAAGAGGUCUACGAGGGACUAUUGCACUUUCCAGGCCAGCAGGCCAAGAACUGCUCUCGGUCCUGAAGUUCACCAAGUCCUGACUUACAGCGUGUGCUGUGUAUUAUGCUGGAUAUGUAUAUGUUGAUAAUAGUUAUUAUAUUGAAUAUAUAUAUGAAUAUAGAGAGAGGGAGAAGCUGAAUGUAUUUGGCAUAUUUUGAAACUGAAGUCAUUUCUUGGUUAACAAGUGGAAUUGUCAGGUUAUAUAGAAAAAGGUGGGAAGAGGGGCGCCUGGGUGGCUCAGUGGGCUAAGCCUCUGCC